CAAUUCACCCAAAGAUGGUCUUCUUCCUAAAACCCACCCUAGUCCUCAUCCUCUCGACCUACACCUUAUAUCGCCUCUACCGCUACCUCUACCCGUCCGAAAUCGUAAUCGAGGACGUCCUUUUCUCCGGCGAAGACUCGAUGAACUGCCAGAACGAAAGCGGCGACACCAAGAAUUGUCUCGGCUGCGCCAACGAGAGGUGCUUCUUCUCCAAUAUCAACAAGAUGAUAUCUAUUAUCAAUUCGAGCAGGAAAUCGAUAUGUCUCAGUAUGUACAUCAUAUCGAAUUAUGAUCUGACACAGGCUAUUAUCAAAGCUAAGAUGAGGGGGUGUAUGUGAGGGUUAUAACGGAUCAUAAGAUGUUUGAUAAUAAUCAGAAUUUGGAGAAGAUGAUGAGGAAAGGAAUCCCCAUUCGAUACAAAGUAAGUUCCGACAGUAUUAUGCAUCAUAAGUUAUGCCUGAUCGAUACUGUCGAAACUGAUAGUGUUGCCAAAGUGUCGCCAGAUGCGAUCAAAUUUCCCAAACAGGGAAUCAUUAUGGUGGGAUCGCAGAACUGGUGUUUGCAGGCCCUUACAGUAAAUUACGAUAAUACAAUCAUAACAACCGAUAUCGAUCUAAUCGAAGGGCUGCAAGAAGAAUUCGAAAGAAUGUGGCUUGAUUUCAAGACCGACGUAAAACCAGUCGAUUGCUAA